AUGGCUCUGAUCAAUCUUCACCUCCUCCUCCUACUUGUCCUCCUCCAGUUCGGCCUACUUCAACAAGUUUCCAGCAUUGGAAUAAACUACGGCACGAUUGGGAACAACCUCCCUUCACCGAAGAGGGUGGCUCAGCUACUCCAAUCCACCCUCAUUGAUAAGAUCAAGAUAUAUGACAGCAACCCUGAAAUCCUCGAAGCCUUUUCUAAUACCGGCAUUGACCUCAUUGUAGCAGUAGAAAACUCCCAUGUCGCAAACAUAAGCGCCAGCCCUUCAGCAGCCGAUCAAUGGUUCGCCACUCGGGUUAUGCCCUUCAUUCCGGCCACUUCCAUCAUUGCUAUUGCCGUAGGCAAUGAGUACUUAACCACAGACGACGAUAAGUUGGAUCAUAAUGCUUUGCUACAAGCAAUGCAGAAUUUACAUUCAGCUUUACUCAGUCGUGGAUUAAACCGUAAAAUUAAGGUCACAACACCACAUAGUAUGGCUGUCCUUGCGUCUUCAUUUCCUCCUUCGGCUUCCACUUUCGCCACCAUGCUCCUCCCUACGAUGACCGCCAUUGUAGGGUUCUUAGCAGAUACCGGUUCACCAUUCAUGGUGAAUGCAUAUCCAUAUUUCGCUUACCGGGACAAUCCAACCACGGUUAGUCUAGAAUAUGCCUUAUUAGGCAAUGCAACCGCAGUACAUGAUGUUAAGGGAAAUAUGUACACUAACAUGUUAGAUGCACAAAUCGAUGCAGUUCGAUCUGCUAUCGGCUCACUAGGAUUCGGAAACCGAUCAAUCAAGAUUACGGUUUCAGAAUCCGGGUGGCCAUCAAAGGGCGAUGCAGGUGAUAUCGCAGCAACACCUGAAAACGCAAGAACCUACAACAGUAGGCUAAUCGAACGCGCACAGUCUAAUAAAGGGACCCCCAUGAAGCCUAAGGAGAUUAUAGAGAUUUUUGUGUUUGCUUUGUUCAAUGAAAACAAGAAACAAGGAGGCACCAGUGAGAAAAACUUUGGGAUUUUCAAUGGGGAUGGUUCUAAAGUUUAUAAUAUAGAUUUGAGCUGCCAAUUUUGUUCAAAUAAUGCAGAUAAUAAACUUGGUUUUGGGGAGAAAGGAUCCACUGUGUCAAGGGGUCCUUCUGUAUGGUGUGUGGCUAAACCACAUGCAGAUGAUAAGGUUGUUCAGUCUGUGAUAGAUUUUUGCUGUGGACCAGGAGGAGUUGAUUGCAGGGAGAUUGAUGAAAAUGGAGGUUGUUUUGCACCUGAGAAGAUACAUGCACAUGCAUCAUAUGCCAUGAAUGCAUACUAUCAGAUGCAUGGAAGAAACUACUGGAACUGUGAUUUCAAGGGAACUGGCCUUGUUACCUUCAGUGAUCCAAGUUAUGGAAAAUGCCAAUAUGCACACCAGUGA